AUGAUUAAAAUUGCUUCAUUUGCCUUUCUCCUUUCAUUUCAUUUGCCUUUCUCUUCUAACUUCUUUUUUAUAACUCCCACUUUUCUUUAUUCUUUUUCUCCUCUCAUUCUCCUCUUUCUUUCUCUCCCCCAUUUCCUUUCUUGUUUCUCUCUACAGCUUUUUAACUCUUUUUCACUUUCUCCCUCUCUUUCCUUUCUACACUUUUUAUUUAUUAUUAUCUCUCUUUCUCAGUUUCUCAUCUGCAUCUCCUUUUCUCAUAAUCUCCAUUCUUUCAUCUUAUGCCUUUCAACUCCUCCUCUUCCUCCACCCACUUUCUUUUCAUUUCUCCUUUUCAUUCUUUUUUCUUUCUUUCUCCUUCUUUUCUCUUUUCUUUUCAUCCUUAUAUUUCUGCUUUCUUCUUUAAUUUUUGCCUUUCUUUGCUUUCUCUCUAUUUUUCCUUUGCUUUCUCUCUUCUGCUUUCUCUUCUUCCAUAUUCCCUUAACCUCUUUCUUUCUUUCUUUCUUUCUUUCUUUCUUAACCUCCCUUCCUCUCUUUCUUUUUCUUCCCUUUUUUCUGUGUCUUUCCCUUUCUUCAUUCUUGAAUGAGCUGCAACAAAGGUUACCAAAUGAUAUACCCCACCACCACAGUUAG